AUGCAUGCCAACAUCUUUAGGCUUUUAGGAGCCAACAUCGUCAACUCUUUUAUGCGAUCCGGGGAGGAACGCCACCCAUGGCAAGUCAGUGAAACUCAAAAGCUUGACUUUUCGUUUCUUCGAACUUGGGAUUUUAAAUCAGGGAGCAACGCUAAUAGAGAUAAACGUAUGCUAUCGAGAUCACCCAAAUCGCCUCUUAUUACAGAGCAAGCUCGUAGAGACUUCCUUGGCAUUCAUCUCGACCACAGGAUCUGGGUUCCAACACCAUACAUUUCCUUUACCAAAUCGGUCCGCGCAAUCGAGGAUAUCGCAAAAUGGAGAAGCAUAAGACGAGGAGAUCAGACCCUCACUGUCAUUGGCCCCGCCACUCGACUUGGAAACAGUCUGCCAAUUCUCGAUAUUACUGCCGAAAUGAAGCAUUACAAUAAGGGAAUGGAACACUAUAUCGACCACUACGUUUGUCUACGAGAAGUUACUGCGGAAAAAAUUGUUAGUCACUACAACUGGGAAGAGCUAGUGAAAACUAAGGACUGGUUCGAUGAUAUCAUUACACCAGCAUUCCAUAAGUUAAGCAAGGGAAAGAGAUCUAAGUCUAUUUCCACUUGUCUAUCAGCAUUCGAUAUGCACGAUUAUGGAAAGUCCUGCUACCACGCGCACAUCUAUUCACACAUCGAGUGUCUUAAAGACUCAGACAACUCUUCCGAGCAUCACUAUCUGAAUGACGACAACGGCACGGACUCCGAUGAUCAUACAGAAGAGGCGAACCAGAAUGACGAUAUGAUCAAGGCAAUGGAGGCUCUCUGGUAA